AUGCCCUACAAUGAUGGCAGUAUUGCCACCUCUUCUGGUUCUCAGGACAGUAGUAGCACUGUAGCCACCUUUCCGUGGAGUCCAGAGGUCGGUAAUGCGGAUCUCAUGCUUCAGAAUAUCAAUGAUCAAGCAUUUCCCGCCCUCGAAAUGUCAGCAUCAAUGGGAUGGAACGAAAGCUUUCUCCCCGAAAAUUAUCCUUCUGAAUAUCACAGUGAGCUGCUCUCAUACUUUUCUCAAACACCGGAGCAACAUCAUAUAUCGAAACUGCCUGGUCCCGGUGAGCCGCUAUCACUUCCUCAAGUUCCACCACUGCUUUCUUCAUCUGGUGCUUCAUCGUCCAUAGGGCUAGGGCUGUCUCCAAAUGGCGACUUUAGUUGCGACGAGGACUUCUUUUCAAACAACUUUCUCCCAGGACACAGUACGGUCUCUAGUAAUACCGGAGAACUCUUCGAGGAACUGUCUCGGAGGGUGCGCGAUUAUCCCAAAAAGAUUCUUCAACGUGAUUUUUGGUCACCGUUUAUCCACCAUAGCCUGUAUCGCUGUGCACAGGGAGGUAUGGCUGAGCCGUUGGGUAUAGCACUGGCUUGUGCCUCUGCGUACGACAGUAGUGUCGAAUCAAGCUCGAGCUUUAUCGAUACCAUGAUAAAUACUCAGCGGGAGAAGCUGAUCCGAGAGUUCCACCUGUAUGUGGAUCAGCCGGAAACAUGUCUGGCUGCGCUCCAUGCUGUUAGUGUUUAUCAAAUCCUCAGCUCCUUGGAUGAUCGGAGCACAACAACAGGCCCCGUUGAAGUUGAUAGGCCGCAAACGGGAUCGGGACUGGCAGCCGAGUUUCAUAUUUCAUUUUUAUUAAAGAUGACUCGUCGAUUGUGUAGUUUAUAUAAAGAAGCCGUCACCUCAGACACAGAGACCGACUGGAAUCGCUGGAAAUUCGCAGAGUCACUGCGACGAUGUGUAUUUUUUGUCAACUUGAUCAAUGUUCUAGCAGCAAGAUGUCGCAGAUUCCACUUCGAUUAUUUUGAGCCUUUGGACGACGCCCUCAUCCUCCAAAUGCCUCUCCCCACCACAGAGGAGACAUGGAGGGCGGGAAAUGAGACCCAGUGGCAGGUAUGCCGGGAAGAUACCCAGUUCAUACGUCCAGCCCCCACGCUGCAGAAGCUUAUGGAGAUAGAUGACGCAGGCCAGCUGGAUCGUGCUACACUUACACCACUGACCAGAAUUAUCCUUGCCUGUGCAAGGGUGAAUCUAGAGGCCGACUGGAGAGACGGAUAG